AUGAAGUACUAUGAGACACUGGCUGAUCUACCGGCAGGUGAUGCGAAGUACUAUGCUCACUUCACGGCGCAGGUGUUUGUUGUUCAAAAGAGAGAUGCCCAGGUGAUACUGACGGUCUCAGACCUCACUGAGAACCCAAUGUUCAGAUGUCGGUUUGUCGAUAGGGUGUUCUUUGGGUCGCUGGAAGAGAAGAUUGGCGUGGAGAAGCUGGUGCAAGUGAUUGUGUUGGAUGACUCGUGGGAUGAGCUGGUGAGCGGGUUCGUGUCGGUCACUGGGGACUCGCUGUUUGUUCGACCAGGCACUCGUACAAACGUUGCCAAGUAUGGCCUGUUUGUUGAUUUCCAUGUGAAGGUGAAGAUGUACUCUAACUCGUUAGAGUGCGUGAUUUCAGAGAUGGACCCUGAAUCAGAGAUGCAUCUGAUUGGUUACCACUUCAAGAAUCUUGAUUUUGAGCUCAGACAUCGAACAUUCACCAAUGUAUUGGAGAACACGCCUAUGGAGUUUCUGAUCGCAGAAAGACACAAUUACGAAAGGGUGUUUGGAGUGGAGCUUUUCCAAAGGAUCCUUGAAGGACUGCAGUACGAUGGUAAGCUCAUCCCACUCUGCGGAUCACAAAGCUCUGAUAUUAAGAAUGAUUCCCCUUUCCCUGAGUUACCGACAGAUGAUGAGUUUGAGAGGGAUUAUAGAUCGAAACGUAUGGAAGCGGAGCUCACUCAAGACGACGCCGAGGCACAGAGCGGAGGAAACUCAGCUGGUGCUUCAUUUCGUGAGCUGAACUUGACCAAUGAUGAUAUUCCUCGUGAAGUUGAGGGAUACAUCAUUGAGAUCAACAACAUUGACAAGUUCUGUACCAAGACAGAGCCCAGAUCGAUACCCAAACUCAACCAGUUGGAUCUUUACAUGGUCCUGGAUCUUUCAAGCAAAAAGCCACUAGAUGAAUUGGACCUGUUACAAAUCACGGUCCCAGCAACGGAACUGUAUACGUUCUUUGAAAUGGAUGAGAUUGAGCAAAUCUACGUCGACUCUUCCAAACUAUCCAAUAGGAUGAGGAACUUCAUGUGUGAAAGAGUACGUUUGAACAUUGUGCGAACAAAGAGAAGGAUCAGCGACUCUAACUACAUCCUUGGAUGGACAUUGGUGAACACCACGUUGAAUCAAAUCGACAUUAGACUGCAUUGA